AUGCAUCUUCGCGUCUCCUGGCUCGUCCCCUUGCUGGCUGCGGCUGCGGAUGUAGUCAUCGCCUCACCGGUACAACAACACCACAAUGUCGCCCGCGCCCCCACCAAGUAUGCCGUCAAGACACCGCCGUUGGAUACGCCGUGGACGGAGAAGGUGGGAACCAACCCGUGGACGGAGUAUCCGCGGCCGCAGCUGGCGCGCAGCCCGUGGCAGAACCUGAAUGGCAUCUGGCAAUAUCAAGGCGCGUCGUCGGUGGACGCGGUUCAAGAACCGCCCUUUGGGCAGUCUCUGGAAAACGAAGUCUUGGUGCCGUCCUGUUUGGAAAGUGGCUUGUCUGGGAUCCAGGGGAAAAACACUUACUACUCCUGGUUCAACACCCACUUCAAGGUCCCUGGCGACUGGAAGGGCAAGAAUGUGCUGCUGAAUUUUGGCGCGGUCGAUUAUGAAGCCACCGUCUUUGUCAAUGGGAAAGAGGCGGGCUUCAAUCGCGGCGGAUAUUUCAGCUUCACGGUCGACAUCACAAAGCACGUCGAGUUGGAUAAGGAUAAUGAACUGCUCGUAUUCGUCCAUGAUCCCACCGACAGCGGUGACUAUGUCAUCCCGAUCGGCAAGCAGAAGACGGCCCCAAAGAGUCAUAUCUUCUACGAGCCCUGCAGCGGUAUCUGGCAAGGCGUCUGGAUCGAGGCGGCGCCGGCCAACCACAUUGCACAGUUGGAUCUCGAUUCCAACAUGGACGGCGAGGUGACCGUGACGGUACACUCGGCAACCGGAAAAAGCAGCCCGGUCGUUGUGACCGUGAAUGAUGGCGAAAAGGAAGCCGCAUCGCACAAGGGUAAUUCGGACAAGCAGUUCAAAUUUCAAGUCUCGAAGCCAAAGCUCUGGUCUCCCGAAUCCCCGACUUUGUAUAACGUCACCGUCACCCUGGGCGAUGACGAGGUACAGAGCUACACGGGCUUCCGUACGAUCGCCAAAGGCGAGGUGGGAGGCAUCGUGCGCCCGAUGCUGAACGGCGAGUUCACCUUCAUGUUUGGUACCCUGGACCAGGGGUACUGGCCCGAUGGUCUGUACACGCCGCCUAACCGUGAAGCAAUGGUAUACGACCUCAAGGUACUGAAGGGGCUGGGUUUCAACAUGGUUCGCAAGCACAUCAAGGUGGAGACGGCGCUGUUCUACCGGGCAUGCGAUGAGCUCGGUCUCCUCGUCAUUCAAGACAUGCCGUCCCCGCGACCGCUGCAGAACAAAAACGGCCAGACCAUCCUCCCCAAUGAGGCCCAGCAGAAGGAGUUUGCCCGCCAGUUGGACCUCCUGGUGAACCAACAUAAGAGCUAUCCCAGCGUUGUCACCUGGGUGAUCUAUAACGAAGGCUGGGGCCAGAUCAGGUUCCCCUAUCCCGAGUUUGAAUUGACGGAGCGUGUGCGAAAGCUGGACCCCACUCGGUUGAUCAGUUCGACAUCGGGCUGGCAUGACCACGGGGAUGGUGAUUUCAGCGACAAUCACCAUUAUGCGAACCCCCAGUGCGGCACGCCUUUCUACUCCCUUGACUCGAGUCCGCACGACUCAUCCCGGAUCGGAUUCCAGGGCGAAUUCGGCGGCAUCGGCCACAACGUGUCCAUCGAGCAUCUGUGGAAUGAGCCGGGUCCCAUCAAUGAAAUCAACCGGACGUACGAGAUCGACACUACUCUGGACGCGUGGAACUACCGCGGCCACGUACUGCUCACGGAGCUGCACGAUCAGAUCGAACGAUUUGAGUGCAGCGGCGGCGUGUGGACGCAGACCACGGAUGUAGAAGGCGAGACAAACGGUCUGAUGACAUAUGACCGUCGGAUUAAGCGCGUAGACGAGGCACAGUGGAAGGCAGACAUCAAGGCGUUGUAUGAUGCGGCCAAGGCUAGGGUAUAG